AUAGAUAAUAUUGAGUUGCGGGGGUGGAGAUAAUUUAGAAACAUAGAUGAAACAUAAGAUGAAUUUGUUGAUCGUUUUGUCCAGUUUUAGUUCAGAGUUCAGGAUAUCAACACUGUAGACUAGCACACUUUCAUUUCUUUCUGACAGUAAGCUCUCUGUAUAUAUAAAUAUAAAUACAUAAAUCUACACAAAGUAAAGUGUAACAUUUAAAAUUAAGAAAGUGAAAAAUUCAAUAUUAAAGAGUUAUUUUUGUUUGUGUUUUCUGACUGACAUAAAUAGUAACAAUAAUUACUGUCAUUAUUUUUUGAGUAUUCUAAAUAAAAUAAAAAUGGAGGUUGAUUCAAUAUCACAUGGAAUAAUAUUUAUCCCACUAUCAAACCGAUUGUCGACAGUAACAGACGCCGUAGCAUCUAUAGAAUUUCGAAAAGACAUUAAUCAGAGUAUUAAUUUACAAGCUUUGCCAGUGGUAACCUUAUCAGAAAAUGGAUCUCUGGGAAAAUCAGAGUCAAAAAUCGAAGCGAUGCCAUCGGAAGGAUUGGUUUCAAUGGAACCAGUAGAAGUGUCAGUAUCGAUGCUGGAGAGUCAGAAAGAAAGUUCGCCAAAGACGAGACCGACUAACACGCCUGACAAAACCAAGGGAUGCCCGAUACCAACAUGCUCGAGGUACCAACGUGCAUUCUCACGUGCUCACGAUUUAAAACGUCAUAUUGCGCGCCAUCAAGCUAAAUUACACCGCAAUUCUGAGCCUCAACCUUCUGAUGUACGUACUUGCGACCAAUGUGGUGAUCAUUUUCUCAAUGAUCUAAUACUGCAACGACAUAUUAAUACUACACACUCUUCUAAGUCGCCUAGAAGUAAUAAUAACCCUACUACUAAUAAUAAUAAUAAUAAUAAUAAUAAUAAAAACAACAAUAACAAGAAUAACAAUAAUAAUAAUAAUAAUAAUAAUAGUGAUACUGAUGAUUACUCUUGCAAUAUUUGUGAAUUAAAAUUUAAGAACUUUGAACAACUAAAUAGUCACGCUGUUAUUCAUAAGAAAUCUUCGGAGAAUAAAUUCCCGAGCGAAGAAUCAUUAUCGAAUCACCUGAAGCACCAUUCGCAAGAAAUAACAUCUUCACUGGACCUCGAACCUGAAGAAAAAAUCGACGACUUUCUUCUAGAAGAACUACUAUUACUAAAAAACCCGCGCGUGCCUACAGAGCCCUGCAACAAAAAUCAAAAUGAAAAGUCACCUGCUGAAAAAGACAAGAGCAAAAUUCAGUGCGGCUACUGUGCGAAAACUUUCAAAACCCAGUGGACACUAAAUACUCACGUCGCAGCCCAUGAAGGGCGUUACCAAUUUGCUUGCUCUAUUUGCAGCAAGAAAUUUGUAAGGAAAAGUCAUUUCAGCAGCCACUUGCGGUCUCAUGAAGCUACAAGGCCCUUCGUGUGCGAUUAUUGCGGAAAAGCUUUCAAGGAAUUGAAGCACCGACGGGAACAUGUGAAACGCACUCACAAUUCUAAUAAUAAUAAUAAUAAUAAUAGUAAUGAUAAUAAUAAUAAUCGAAAUGCAAUACAAAAUUUAUUAGACAGUAUAAGUGCGUCAGUUACGGCUGAAGAUUCAAUAAUUUGUGACCAACCUAAAUUAACUCUACUUAUGCCAAUGAAUUUUUCUACUUGAAUCAUUUUGUUUAAAUUUUAAUUUAUUCAUUUAUAAUUUGUCAAAUUAAUAUAAUUAAAU